GAGCUCAGCACCCUGGGAUUUGAAUGUACCCUUGAAGAGGUUGAUCUUGAAGAUAUCACCAAGAAUCAAAUCAACACGAUAAAAGCUUGCACAUCUGAGGAUUCAGGGACUGGAAACUGUCCAGUACUGGAAAGAUCUACUUUUGAUACGAGCAAAUGCCUGCAGGGCAUCUAUGAGGAUCUGAAUGCCUACAGGGCAGAGCUGAAGAACUUCAGUGAUCAAAAGGUGCUGGCAACUAUUGAUGAAAUGAUGAGAGCGCUGAAGACCAGCAGCAGGAGCGUGCCGCAGCCCUCGGCGGGCGCGGGGCUGAGCUCCUUCAAGGAGAGGAUGAGGCUCUGCAGCAUCCUUCACGCCUUCCGAAUCCGCACCAUCACCAUCAACAGGAUGAUGAACUACCUGACCUCCCCGGAGAGCUCGCGGUAA